AUGGAGAGAGACACUUCUUUUUUACUAACUGGCAUCAAAUUCAACAAGAAGAGGUUUGCCAUCGAUUUUGCCCGCUUCAAGAAGAAAAAACAAAGCAACGAUGAUGGUUCAGUGGAUGAUUUGAGCUACUUCAAAAGAGAACAUACUGAAGCAGAUAAGGUGGCAGUUUCAGUUAGUAAGAAGAGGAAGAGAAAAAACGCAUCAGAAAGAGUGGAGGGGUUCAAUGUGUUUAAGGGUUCAAGUUCCUUGCCGGUAGUGACCAAUGAAGAGAGUGACCAAGAGGAUAAUAAUCAGAAGAAGGAAUUGAAUAGGCAAAAUGAGCGGGAUUUACGUUUAAGGAAGAAGUAUGGCAUCAAUGUCUCUGGAAACGAUGUUCCAUCCCCGCUGCAAAGUUUUGCAGAGUUAAGCACAAGAUAUGGAUGUGACUCAUAUUUAUUGCACAAUUUGGUAAAACUUGGAUUCAAGGAGCCAACACCAAUCCAAAGACAGGCCAUUCCAGUCCUCUUAUCUGGUCGGGAAUGCUUUGCUAAAGCUCCAACUGGAUCUGGGAAAACCUUGGCUUUUGUGUAUCCCAUGCUAAUGAAACUUAAGCAUGCAUCAAAGGAUGGGAUCAGAGCUGUUAUCUUGUGUCAUACACGAGAAUUAGCAACUCAGACAAUGAGGGAGUGCAAAAAAAUGGCUAAAGGAAGUAAAUUCCGUAUUAAGCUAAUGACUAAAGAGCUUGUGAGAAAUGCUGAUUUUGCAAAGGUGUACUGUGAUAUCCUUAUAUCAACACCUCGUCGUUUACAGUUAUGUAUCAGCAAGAAGAAGAAGAAGAUAGACUUAAGCAGGGUUGAGUAUCUUGUUCUUGACGAAUCUGAUAAGCUAUUUGAGCACAGCUUGUUAGAGCAGACUGAUUCUGUGGUGAAAGCAUGCUGUAACCCAUCAAUAAUACGUUCUCUGUUUAGUGCUACUCUACCUGAUUUUGUUGAGGAGGUUGCACGCACUGUUAUGCAUGAUGCUGUUCGAGUUAUUGUUGGUGACAAGAAUGCGGCCUCUGAGUCUAUCAAGCAAAAAUUGAUCUUUGCUGGAACUGAGGAAGGGAAACUUCUUGCACUUCGUCAAAGCUUUGCAGAGAGUCUGAAUCCACCUGUGUUGAUCUUUGUUCAAAGCAUUGAGCGAGCAGAAGCACUAUAUGAAGAGCUGAAAUUUGAUAGCAUUAGAGUUGGUGUUAUUCAUUCGAAUUUAUCGCAGGAGCAGCGAGAAAAUGUUAUCGAUGACUUCAGAGCUGGAAAGACAUGGGUUUUGAUUGCAACUGAUGUGCUUGGCCGGGGUAUGGAUUUCAAAGGAGUCAAAUGUGUGAUUAAUUAUGAUUUCCCAGAUUGUGCUGCUUCAUAUAUUCACAGGAUUGGUCGGUCGGGCAGAGCAGGGAGGAUUGGUGAAGGUAUUACUUUCUAUACGGAAGAUGAUAUUCCAUAUUUGCGUAACAUAGCUAAUGUGAUGGCAGCUUCAGGCUGUGAGGUUCCAUCUUGGCUCAUGGAUUUGCCCAAAAAGAAGUGGAAGAAGCACUAUCCACGGAGAGAAUCAAUUGCAACAAAACCAAAAGAUCAGGAAGAAUGA